AUGUCAAGCUUCGAGGCCUUGUGGCCAUCUCCGCCCAAGCGCGCAGUGCCACGUCGCCGCAGUCGCAGCCGAUGCGCCGCUUUCAGUCGCGCUCUGUUCCCUCGCGUCAUGGAGUUUAAGGUCAUUAGUCGCGAGAGCAACAAGCACGAGCUCAUGCCGGUCGUGUACCUCAUUGCCCGCUCUUCUGCCUGGCGCCGUCGCGUGCCGUCCAUCGUGGAGCGCGCGAUCGUAGAGGACUAUGUCGCACCUCUUGUGGCCGAGCUCCCAGCUGCUGCUGCUGCUUCUGACGCGUCGGACGUGGCGCGUAUCCUGUCAAUUGUACGUGAAAACGUGGAGCUGCGGGCUGUCUUUCGUACGAAACAGCCGCUCGACGACGUCACGACGGACGAGAGAGACUACAAGAUGGGCGUGCUGGUGGACUUUGCUCGGACGUCGGGGAAUCCAGGCAAAGCAGCGCUUAACCGCGUCGUGUUCCAGGUUGCUACGGCUUUACGCUCUGCUGCUCAUGGCAGUGCACUUGUUGUGCCGGUGGCCAUGCACUACUGCUCGGCUGCUAGCUUGGUAAAUGUGCGGCGAUACGCAGGGAUUCGUUAUGGAGCGCCCGUGCUCUUGGACGAGCGCGAAGUUGCAGUUUUCGGAGAAGAUCCCACGGAAUUCACACAGCAUUUCAGUGCCAGAUUGCGUGCGUCAUUGACGAUGCCGCCGCCUUCAUCGGUUGCACAGAUUGAGAUGCUGCGGUUGACGCGCACACUGCACGUGCACUGUGCUAAGGUUGUACGAGACGAUUGUUUCUUUCGACGACAGCGCGCCUCGAUGAACGAGGAAAUCAUGCAGAUCCACUUUCGUACGUCCACUCAUCCAGCAAUGCAUGAGCUGAAACGUAGCAUGAUGGCGUAUUGCGCGACGCUUAAGCACUGGCAGCUUCGCGAUGAGGAUAUCAAUUGCGCUAGUGUGCUGCUGGCCGUGGACAAUUUGCCGAAGCAUCCGCUACAUUUUGUGUGGCUUCUUGCUGCUGCGCUACGCUUUGUUUUUCAAUUACCAGGUCGUCUCCUCUUGGCGAGCGUGUGUGAUCUCAUUUAUGGUUUUCCUCCAAGCAAGUCCCACGUUCGAUCUCUGCCUCUAGUCGCAGCAGCGGUGAAGGCGUCUCUAGGCUGCUUGGUGCUUGGUGUACUCGUCCAUGCGGUACCUUCUAGCUUACUGGGGUGGCUGGUUUUGUUGACACUGGUGGCAGUGCUGGUAGUGGAUGCAGCCACUAUACACAAUGUGGCAGCAGAUGUGCAGCCCCUGAUGCAACACUGGAAGAAGCCUCAGUUCUAUGUAAUGGGUGCCGGUGAGUUGGCGCGACUGAAGGAGACACGGGCCGUGCUGGCUCGCAGUAUUCAUGACAUUGUCGCACGGUAUGUGUGCACGGACCUUCCGCCUCCAGUUUUGCAGGAUGUGUCCAAGGCUGCUGCGUCGUCAACGACUUCUGUACUGGACACGGACGUGUACUCACUCAACGUGCACCACAGAAUAUUCAUCAACGCACCGCGGUCGUUUCCACUCGCAUUCGCCGCAAUGAUGAAGGAUCCCGAAAAGGCUCGUCGAACGAUUUACGCGCCAAAGAUGCUGCGUGACGAGGCUUGGCGCAACAUAUACGAGACCCUAGCGCCCGCAGAUCUACGAUUUCGUGCGCUGCUUGCUGAUAACAAGGGUGACAACCUUCCGAUGGAUAAACUGCUGUCGACGCCGUUCUUCAGCGCAGUGCUGUCCGCUUAUAUCCUCUACAAGACACGCUGUGUGGACGACAGCAGCUCUACAUCGAGCUCUAGUGGCGAUGAUACUGCUCAUCUCAUGACUGAAGAGAUGAAGCAGGACCAGGCUCGAGUCUACGGCGAGCAUGAACAGGGUGGAAGCCAGCAAGAUCUUGGGGGCUACGAUUCCAUUCAGGGAAUCAUUGAUGCAGCACUUCAGAUGGCACAAGACGAAGAGGGACUCACCGAGUAA